GUUGUGGAACGUUUACGCUAAUGACAAAUACACUUGGGGAAUAUUUGUUUUAAUAAAUCAGACAACACUUAUAGAGAUAAUAUAUUUAUGGAAUGUUUCUCUAAACGGACCACAUUUCUAUAUGCGCCAGAACGGGCAUGUAAAAGGUAGCUGCAUAUACGCACUCACUUAUGGAUUCUUGUUGGAGAUCAUUCUCGGGGCUUUACGGUAAAUUCGGCCUCUCAAGUUUGUCUACGUUGAAUGUUACAGCAGCAAACACUAACUUACGCCUUGGGAGUUGUGAUGGGGGAAAAGUUAUCCAGAAGUUUGAGUAUAACUUGGAAAUAACAACAUACGAAACUACAAAGAGCAAAACAAACACUUAAUCGCGACAGUUUCCUUGUUGGUGUGUCGUGGUCCAGAAGCCUUAUGGCUAGUCCUGAGACGAAUGCAGCUCAAAGGUGGCGAAAAUGUGUGGACACCGUGCUGUGCGACCUUACUGAGGAUCAGCUGAAAUCUAUCAAAAACAACAGUGAGGAGCGUGACUUUUUCGUUGUACAUCAUCUAGCAGACCUGAAGGAGGGAGCCAUUCCUCCUCUCAUUCAUGGCACACCUAUCACCUGCAAAGUGGAAAACAUGGAGCGAUACACUACACGCUCCAAGGUAAAUGUGUGCACUUUGUACACAGUCCGUCUGACACAUGGUGAGUUCACAUGGACGGUGAAAAAAAAGUACAAGCACUUCCAGGAGCUCCACAGAGACCUGUACAAACACAAAGUGUUGCUACAGUUCUUGCCUCUGGGGAGAUUUGCCAUUCAGAGACAACAGAUGGCAGGUUUGACAGAGGACAUGCCGACUUUACACGGAACCGAUAGAAUCAGGAGAACGUCCAGCAAACCGAAAUAUCUCGAGGAAUAUUUAAACAACUUGCUAGAAAACACCUUCUACAGGAAUUUUCAUGGACUGUUAGACUUCCUGGCAAUCAGUCCGCUGUCCUUCAUCAGAGACCUUGGACCCAAAGGCCUAGAAGGCUAUAUUCUGAAACGGUCCGGGGGUCACCGCAUCCAGGGGCUCAACUGUAUCGGACACCAUCAGUUCUGCUUCCGCUGGUCCCGUCGCUGGCUUGUGGUGAAGGAUUCGUUCCUCCUGUACAUGUCCAGAGAUCCCGGCAAUGUGUCGUUUGUACUGCUUUAUGACCCUGAGCUGAAGGUGUUGGUUGGACGUGUUUACACUGAUACUAAAUAUGGCGUCUGCAUCGAGAACUUCAGCAGGAAGCUGGUGAUUAAGUGCAAUAGCUACAGGCAAGCCCAAUGGUGGAGUCAUGAGAUUCGGCGUCUCUCUGAGCGAUGUGAUUUCCUCCAGACCCAUCGCUUCGAAGGCUUUGCCCCACCCAGGCCGGACACCCUCACAAAGUGGUACGUUAACGGGAAUGGCUAUUUCUCUGACCUGGCUGAUGCACUGGAACAGGCCAAGGAGGAGAUCUUCAUCACUGAUUGGUGGCUCAGUCCAGAGGUUUUCCUCAAACGUCCAGCUACAGGAACAUACUGGCGCCUGGACAAGAUUCUCAAACGCAAAGCAGAACAGGGAGUGAAGGUGUGUGUGUUGUUGUAUAAGGAGGUGGAACUGGCUCUGGGUAUCAAUAGCGGCUACAGCAAGAGAACACUAAUGAACCUCCACCCCAAUAUUAAGGUGAUGCGUCACCCUGAUCAUGUUUCCUCAGUUGUGUUCCUCUGGGCCCAUCAUGAGAAAAUGGUAGCCAUCGACCAAUCAGUGGCCUUUGUGGGCGGGUUGGAUCUUGCGUUUGGGAGGUGGGAUGACAGCGACUAUAGGCUGAGUGAUCUGGAACCCCCAAAACCAGCCAGUCAUGCAGAGGCAGGCCCAGAGUCUGAUACUGUGGAUGGCUCUGCAGUUCCUCUGACAGUAUCUGCGUCAGAGUGUGAGGAUGAAGUCGAUCUGAGCUGUAAUGCCCUCUUGUGGCUGGGAAAAGAUUACAGCAACUUUAUCAAGAGAGAUUGGACACAGCUGGAUCAGCCCUAUCAAGACAAUGUUGACAGAACUCAGGUGCCACGCAUCCCCUGGCGAGACCUGGGUGCGGUGCAUCAUGGGAAAGCAGCCAGAGAUCUUGCACGACACUUCAUCCAGCGCUGGAACUUCACUAAGAUCUUUAAGAACAAGUACAAGGAUGACUUCUACCCGUACCUACUGCCGAAAUCUCACUGCACAGCAAAUAAGCUGCCAUUCACAAUCCCUGGUGUCACAAAAGCCUCUGUACAGAUUCUUCGUUCUGUCGAUCGCUGGUCCACUGGCACAUGUGAACAUUCAAUCCUCAAUGCCUAUGUACAUGUUAUUGAGAACAGCGAGCAUUACAUUUAUCUAGAGAAUCAGUUCUUCAUCAGCUGCUCAGAUGAGAAGAAUGUACACAACACCAUCGGGGAUGCUAUUGUCAAACGGAUCCUACGGGCUCACAGUGAGGGGAAGAAGUACAGGGUGUUUGUUGUAAUUCCCCUGCUGCCCGGCUUUGAGGGUGACAUCAGUCAGGGAGGAGGAAAUGCCAUUCAGGCUAUACUUCACUUCACCUACAGAACGAUUAAUCGAGGAGAACACUCCAUUCUUUCAAGAUUAAAGGAACAAAUGCAGGAUGAAUGGACACAGUAUAUUUCUCUGUGUGGUCUGCGCACACACACUCAGCUCGGGCAAUCCCCUGUUACAGAGCUCAUCUAUGUCCACAGCAAAGCCCUUAUCGCUGACGACCGUUGCUACAUCAUAGGGUCAGCCAACAUCAAUGACAGGAGCAUGCUGGGCAGUCGUGACAGUGAGCUGGCAGUGCUGGUUGAGGAUGAGGAAAGAGUUCCCUCAGUCAUGAACGGAGAGGACUACCAGGCUGGACCACUAGCACUCGCCUUACGAAAGGAGUGCUUCAGUGUACUUCUCGGAGCAAAAUCUGACCCAACUCUGGACAUUGAUGAUCCAAUCAGUGAUCAUUUCUUCAACAAUGUUUGGAACAAAAUCGCCCAAACCAAUGCCGUCAUCUAUGAGAAGGUCUUCCGAUGUCUUCCACUGGACUCCAUCCGUAACUUGCGUGAGUUGCUGGGGAACGUGAACACGGAGAAUCUCAGUCUUACCGACCCGGAGAAAGCCAGAGAAGAAUUAAAGGCCAUCCAGGGAAUUCUGGUCCAUUUUCCGCUACAUUUCCUUUGUGAGGAGUACUUGCUCCCCUCACUUAAAAGCAAAGAAGGAAUGGUUCCUAUGGAUGUGUGGACGUAGCAGGGAAAAGCAUCAAAUAGGUUGAAGUGUGCCACUGAAACAUGAUUUCAGAGUUUAAAAUAUCACACGUCGGCUAACUAAGCUAUAAGCUGCUGCCACACUUUUUUGUCUAUUCAUGUUUGGACUAACGUAAUGGUAGUAAAUGUUAGCUCUGAACACUAACCCAAAUACAGUGUAGAAACACAUGCUGAUCUUAUAUAAGAAGAUAAAUGCGUUUAUGUUAGGAGAAUCACACGGUGCAGUUGCUAAUUUUAUGAAAAUACAAUGAAAUGACAUCGAUCUUCUCCCCAAAUGCCCAUUACGGCCACAGAUGUCAUGAUCUGAGUAUUUAAGAUGGCCGAGGAUGUAAAGUGCUGCAUAUUAUCGAGGAUAAAAUGAGGAACAAGGAAAGGAAAGAAGAGAAAACAAGGCAAAAGAGAGAGAGAGUAUUUUUGAUGACUGAGGAACAGAACGUACAUUUAUUGUUGUGAAUGUGUGUGGGUGGAUAGCAUUGCUUUACCUUCUUUUCCCUCUCUCUUUAUUUCUUUAUUGCGUGCACUACACCUCUCAAUGCAGUGGCAGCAAAUCUGUCAGAACAUUUGUGGUUGUUAUGGUGACGGUUAUAAAGAGCUGACUUGGUCUUGGCUGCUGAGAGAGCGAUAGAGAAAACGAAAGAAAGAGAGAGGAAGACGAGAAGAAUCAGGAAUAAAUAGACAAACCGUAAAAACAGGGAUAACUGUGGGUGCU